AUGGCUGUACAGUCUACACGUCCCUCUGGGCAUGUGAUAGGAACUCGACUUGAGAACUCCUUCCCUCAAGCUGUUGACGCAUUCCUGGGAGUUCCGUAUGCCCUUCCACCUCUUGGAGAGCGACGAUUCAAGUCAGCCACCAAAGUCCCUAGCUCCACCGAGAUAAUUGAUGCCUCGAGGUAUGGCCCUGCCGCCCCCGGCAAGGCACUACUUCCUGGUGAUGUCACAGAUACCCAGAGACUUCCUGUGGCCAUUUAUCUUCACGGGGGUGCCUUCAAUCGGGGAGCAGCUGCGAUGCAUAACUCUGCCUCUAUGGUUGCUUGGUCAGAAGCCUCUUUUAUAGCCGUGAACUUUGGAUAUCGUGUGGGAGCCCUUGGCUUUUUGCCUUCCAGUCUGUCAAAGAAGGAGGAUGUGCUCAACCUUGAACUGCGGGACCAAGUGUUUUUGUUCCAAUAG